AUGGAAGCUGAUGGCAAUGCUCUCGUUCCCUUGCGUCAGAAGACAAAAAAGAAAAGUCAAGGGUUCUUUAUAAUGAGCCGACGGAGGAUAUCGUGUAAAGAGCUGGGGCAAGCUGAUUGCCAAGGAUGGCUCUACAAAAAGAAGGAAAAAGGAGCUUUCAUUGGCAACAAAUGGAAAAAGUUCUGGUGUGUGCUGAAGGAGUCAUCACUGUAUUGGUACAGCAGUCAGCUGGCUGAAAAAGCAGAAGGAUUCAUCAGACUUCCAGACUUCAGUGUGGACCGAGCAAUUGAAUGCAAAAAAAAGCAUGCUAUUAAGAUCAGCCACCCACAGAUCAAGACAUUUUAUUUUGCGGCAGAAAAUGUUCUGGAAAUGAACACGUGGCUAAGUAAGCUGGGGAUGGCUGUAGACCCUCAGGAACCCAAAGGGAAGAAUGAGGAAGAGUGUUACAGUGAAAGUGAACACGAUGAUCCAGAAAUAACAGACACGCCACCUCCCCCCUACAAAGUCCAGCCAUCACCUCCUCCUCCUUCGGAUCAGCAGAAGUCUUCUUUCACCUCGACUCUGUCAAGUGAAGCAUCUUGUUCUCUCUCCUCUCCUGAAAGCACUUUCAACUCCCAAGAGUCAUCUUCUUCCUUGACGUCCAAAGUGGUUUAUUCUGAGAGGCAGUCCUGGCUUGACCUAGUUAACAGCUCUGCCACAGAAGAGGGUGAUCAGCCUUUAACUUUCUGCGUACAGAUUCACUCUGAUGAGCUGCCAGAAGUAGACUGUGGAGAAGCGGCAGAAAGCCAGGAGGUCCAGCUUUCCAAACCCAGUGGUGGAUCCCAAAACUCUUUUUUAGGUCCGGAUACCCAUUGUCUAGCUGUGCCAGAUGCAACAGGACAGAGAUCACUAGCCAAAGAUCAGGAAAAAUGUGAUGAUGAUGAGAUGGAGCGACUUUACAAAUCAUUAGAACAAGCAAGCCUGUCUCCCAUUGGUGAUCGUCGGCUGUCAACAAAGAAGGAGCUUAGGAAGUCAUUUAUCAAACGCAGCAAAAACCCCUCCAUUAAUGAGAAACUCCACAAAAUUCGAAUGCUGAACAGCACAUUAAAGUGUAAGGAACAUGACCUGGCCACAAUUAACCAGUUACUAGAGGACCCAAAGUUGACAGCAAUGAAGUACAGAGAGUGGAGGAACACAAACAUCAUGCUGGUCCAAGAUAUUUAUCAGCAGCAGGAGGUCCAGGACGUGUCCACAGAGAAUAGCAAGGAGCAAGAGGUGACUCCACAGACUAUCACUGAAAGUGCUAUCUGA